AUGCAUCCCACUCACUUCUUCGGUGCCGUCUAUGCUAGCUCAGACCUGCAAUGGAAGUACCUUGUGGAGCAUGAUCCUAAGUAUGAAGGACGGAAGAAACUCAAAGUAGAAGGCAAGCAGCUGGUGUCUUUGCCUCGGCAGAUCUUCGCCUUGGAAGCCCUGCAGGUUUUAGAGAUAAGCCCGGAAAGAAAGAGCUGUCUCCAGUACAGGAUGGAGCUGAUCCCCCAACAAAUCAGCCAGCUGAAGAAUCUGACCCUCCUCUACAUGGACUCCAACAACUUGAAGGAGAUCCCUGCUGAAAUCGGCACCUUGAGCCGCUUAGAGAGACUCACCCUAAGCAACAACAGCCUGUGCUCACUGCCACAGGAAAUUGGGCACCUCCAGAAGCUGCACAGCCUGCACCUGGCCAACAACAGCUUCUCAGAACUGCCGCCCCAGUUGUGCCAGCUGAGAAACCUGGCUUUUCUGGACCUCAGUGACAACCAGAUCAGCUCCAUCCCCCCUGGCAUUCAGCACCUGGAGAGUCUGGAGACGCUGCUGCUGCUGUUCAAUUCUCUGGAGCAUCUACCAGGAAGUAUAUGCGUCUUAAGAAACUUGUGCACUCUUUGGCUAGGCAAUAACAAGCUCAGAUCCCUUCCUGCCAACUUUGGGGAGCUGGUAAACUUGGACUGGGGUUAUAAUUACUGUUCAUGUAACUUUGAGGGAAACCCACUGGAGUGUCCCCCCCCAGAAGUGUGCAGCAGAGGCCCACGGCAGAUCAGGGAGUACUUUUCUUCGCUCUGUAGAGAAUAG